AUGCGAACUGCUGCAGAUUUCGUAUCGUCACUACUGGUGGCACGAGAUGAGGAGGAGCAGCGUCGCGAGGCUCGCAGGCGUCGGCGUGUCGACUUCAUCGUCGCAGGCAACAAGGAACGCGCCUGCCGCAGCAAGGGGGAACUCGGCAGCGUCGUGCGGCGCAGUGCCAACACCAUGUCGGUGGUGGAGCAGGAAUUGCGGAACUCCCUGGGCGACAUGGGUGUCUGGUGGGACAUGAUCAGCGAGAAUGUUUUGGAAGAGAAACGCGAGUGUGAAAAAGCUGUGGAUCUGCAAAAACAGCUGACUUCCAUGUAUCUCUCGGCUGCCAUGAAGCGCGAGGUCGUCGAGCAGUCAUCAGUUGUGGUAAACGAUGAGCGCCGUUUGCAAGAGCUGGAGGAACUGUGUCGCGAAGAGGAACGCCAUGCGAAGGAGGAAGCGGCAGAGCAAGCAAUUGACAGUGUCCUCAACGCCGUUGACCGAUGUAUCGAUUUUCUGGCGGAACAUGCCCUCACCGAGAGCUGUAGGGGCACUCUUCUUACCGAGAUUGCGCUGGACUGCUUCAUUCCCAAGACCAACGAGACACCGCUCGCGGAGAGCGACCGCGCCAACAUGACUUUUGCAAGACUCUUUGGGCUUCACCCCUUCCAUCUGACGGGAACCCCAUUUCUGCAGCUUCUUCACUGUAUGUAUGAGAAGAUGAAUCCGCCCCCCUCCUCCGUGAGUCGCUUUGACGUUUGUCGCAAGCCCUUGUUUCUGAUCGACGGCCCCAAACUCAGCGGCAAGACAGUUGUCUCUCAACAAGUGGAGGAGCAGAUUGCACUGCUGCACCUCUCGGAUCGCGAUUUGGUGAAUAGGGCCCUGGAGGCGUAUAGACGUGAGCGCAACAGUCUCCCGACACUCUUGACAGAGGAGGACAGUGACGCCCUUCCUUUUUUGAUGGCCUACGAGGAGCGCAAUGCGGAGGAGGAGGAGUUGGCAUAUCACAGCGACGCGCGUACGGUGCAGAUUGUUGAGUCCUUUGUGCGACUUAGCCCGUGGGCGGCGGUUGGUAAAGUCAUAGAAGCGGCCCUCCUCCGUGGUGAGUCUGUGAACCCGUCUGUCAUUGUGCAGUUGAUGCAGUUGCAAAUGGAAUGCCCUCCGGUGGGGUGCCACGGCCUUCUCUUUGACGGUGCCGUGGCGGGGACGGAGGAGCUGCGGUGUCUGCACCGCGCCAUCUCGCAGAGCGUGCACGCAUUCGAGGGGGAACUGCAGAAUUGGCCGCCACUUCCCGCUGUAGCGAUUGAAACGCCAGCAGUGGUAGCCGAGGGAGAAGAAAGGGAAAAGAAGAAGGAGGAAAAAAGGGAGAGCAAGAAGGAAGAUGCAAUGUCAGACCUGCUGCUAGUGCGGCGUGAGGUGCGACCUGACCGGCCGGUUGCGAAGGGCGAGGGCAAGUCACGACAGCUGAAGAAAGGUGUCGACAUCAACGCGCUGCCGCCGCCAGUUCUGCCGGAAGUGACGCGGCCGGAACUGACAGCGGAGGAGACGGCCGCAAUAGAAUGCUGGGAGCAACGCGAGCGCACGCAUCUUCUCUUUGUCGCGGUGGUGCACAUCUGCUGUGGGACGCGUGAAAUAUUCAAUCGUUUUGCUGGGCUGCGCAUUGACAAGGAAACGGGUGAGCAUUACCAUAUGGUCUUCCAUCCACCACCGUCGGAGCGUGUGCCACAUAUUUCGAACCUUGACCGCACUAAAACUUCCACCGCACAACUGCACCGUGUUGUGCUCCAUCAGCAGAGAAGCUGGGAAGCAAUGCAGCGUUGGUUUAUGUGCAAGAAAGGGGCCGAUGCGAUUGUGCACGAAGUGAACGGUGAGAGGCCGUUGGAGGACAUUGUGGAGGAUGUCAAGUGCAUCCUCCAGGACGCUCAGAAGAAGUUCGAUGCGGAGCUUCGUAUGUAUGAUGCCGCGAUGGCCGCCAAAGCAAGGCAGAAGGAAAUCGCUGCCAACAUUGCCGAACAAGAGGAACAGCGGGAAGCAGAGCGACGGCGCCUCAUGGCGGUGUACUCAGAGUGUGGUGCGCCGAUCCCACAGGAAUUAGAGUUGCGGCCGUCGUCGGCGCCGUUUUACACAAUGCCAGACGAUAUUCCGGAAGUAUUCAUGCGUGCCCUCGUUGCCUUCCGGGUGCGGUACGAGUACGCUUACAGCUGGUCGGGGAUGGCGUUGGAGAAGCUGGUGAGCGUGCUGCUUGAACACCGCAGCAUCGCGAUGGGCAUCUUCCACCGCUUCUGGAACCAGCCUGAUGAGAAACAGGGGAAGCUGGAUGCAUUCGUGGCGAAUUACAACCGCCUCCCACCUGCGCUGUUAGGACAGGUGUCGUGCAAAGAGGAACUGCACGUGCUGGUGGAUCACCUCAAGGAGGAGCUUUUCCGUACGGUGGAGGCCACAGGAAAAGAGGCAGCGGCAAAGAUUGAACUCAUUAUGAAGAAGGAGUCCUUCUUGGGCCCGUGGUGUGUUUCGGUGUGCAACGUUGGCAUCGCGACAGUUCAAGUUGAGGUGGAGAGGUUCCUGACAACGCUGAACUUGGUAGCGAUGUACUUUAGCGCCGUUGUGGGCGAGCCGUGCGUCUUCGAGGAGAUGGAGUCGGAACUUGUCAUUAUGCGUUCCGUCGCGGAGAGCGCGCUGGAACAGACCAAAGGCAAGGAGAAGAAAACGACGAGCACCAAGAAGUCCCCACGCCUCGAAGAAGUAGUGGAAAAGACAGUCGAGGACAUGUUUGCGGAGGCCACUGGGAAGCUCAUCCACUCCAUGACGAACUACGUUGAGAAGUUAGUGGGAAACAUUGCAGCCUCGGCGAAGGCGCGCGAGAGCAGCAAGGCUUCCGCCGCCUUGGCCGACGAGGGGAAGCCAGCGCUGGUCCUCGUCAAGUGUCUCCCUUUCGCGGAAAGCGAACUAGACAAGGCACAGGAGCGAAUUGCAUGUAUACGGCAGCUCUUCGCUCGACUGCUGCGUGAGGGGGAGGCGUACUCGGCACGCAUGAAGGAUGACAUGCUGGCGCACACACGGGAGAAGCAGCUCAACCAGGCGGCUGCAGUGAACACGGUGGUGUAUGCCGUGCGCAAUGCUAUUGAAGAGGAGCGCCCGCUCCCUGACAUGCACUUGGGCCGCGAGACGUUCCACAUGGCGCCUGCGGCAGGACGCGCACCGACGCACAGCGCCCCAUCGCCACAGCGCCCGCAGGCCGUGAGACAGCCGCAGGAGCCGAUGAUCCACGCGACGCUUUCGGCCACGCGGCUGCACGAUAUGAUCCGCGUGUUCCGCGUUGCUGCACCCGACUACGCGCUGAGCCACGCGGAGUUCUUCAACAUUGUGUCUCCCACCGACUACGCCGGUGCCGCCACCAAGCAUGGUCAGUUGAAGACGCUGCAGGAAGUAUUUGAUGCAUUUGACCCGCACAGUUGUGGCUUCAUUGACUGGCGUGAAUUUGUCGUUCAUCUGCUCCUGUGGUGCGCGCCUGUGCCGGAGAUAGCAUCAUCAACAACAAAAGUCGAAGAAGACACAGCGUCGGGAGUCGAGAAUUAUUACAUCGCGGAGUGCUCUGUCACGCACCUCCUUGAGACGCGGGCGGAUCUUGGAAUGGAGAUGGUCACCGAAGAGGUCUUCUACGACGUCCCCUUUUUCUUCGACAAGUGUCUGCGUGACGACCGGCUUGAGGCGUACGUUCGGGCGUUGUGGAUGACCUUCGCAGCGGAUGACGGUCACCUCGACCCGCUGCCGCUUUUGGCGCUGCUGUGCGUCGACCGGCAACCGGUGCGUGGGGCGCAGAAGGCGUUCUACGUGUUGUCGCGCAGCCAGGAGGGUUCGCUUACACCAGUCGAGAUGGACAAGGCCUUUCACGUGCGGGUGACAAAUCCGCGCAACAUGUGUCUGCCGGAUGUUUUCUCACAGGAGAAUAUCGCGGCGCUGUAUGACGGCGCGCCAUUGCUGUCAUUCAAGUCUGUCUGCGAGCGGGUGAUGGGGCGUAACAUGCUCAACAACACUGAGGCCUUUCGCCGCAAGUCUUUCAUCACUGAUGCGCUGCAUGUAGAAUGA